UUGGAUGGGAAAAUAAAGGGAAAAGAAUACCUGGAUGGGGAGACUUGAAUUGGAGGGCAAAAAAAAAAAAAAAAAUCACACGUGGCGAAGACAGGAAUAAAAACCAUUAAACGUACCAUUUCAAAGACCUGGACAUCGAAUCGUUGAUUCCGAUCUUGCUUGAGCGUGGAAAAUGAUAAGCAAUGAGGUAUCCAAAAAGGCCAAAGAAAUGAAUAAUGAAUGAAGAAGAAUUAUAAAGAGAGGAGUACGGAGGCGGCCGUGAGUUUGUUCCAAACGCAAUCAAUCCAAUCGAACAGUGGCCUGAGACAGGCCAUCUUCACGCAAAGUGUUUUAUUCAUUUUUAGGUUAUUUUCCUGUUCUUCUCCACUUCCUGUGGCGCUAAUUCAACCAUCCCGGAGCGCUGAGUUGUGCCGUCCACAAUACUCGAAACCCCGAUGCUUCGUGCGUACGGAGGCUCGGCCACACUGACCGCUAAAGGCUGCUUUGGCCAAUCAGCCCCUGUCUUGUUGUUUGUUUUAUGGGCGCCUUUCCACUCGGAACGGGGAACGUUGCUCCUUGAAGCGUCUUGCACUUGUCACCCGCAUUUCUCGAAGUAACUCAGCCACAGUCACUCAAGGGCGGGAGGAGCAAUUAAUAAUUUAUAAAUCUAAUUCUCCUGUGUUUUAGCUGCGGGGAUCCUCCUUUGCACGAACUGACAUUUAUCUCUGCGAUAUUAUUGUGGAUUCUCAGUUGGACAGGAGUUGACGGUUGUACUGUACGGAGUAGAGAAGGUUGAGCUAUCCAUGUAUAAGUUACGAUCUGCGCCACCGAUCAUGGCUCUGAUACGAAGCAGGCUAGGCAGAAGAAUAUGUAUGUAUGUCAAACAUCUUCCUCUUUCGCAUCGUUCCAGAAAGAAUACUCCUGCGUACACAGGAGGAGAUAGCUUUUCGAGUGGUGACGGAUAGUCGAUGGAUUUAUUGAGGUGGAAAUAAAGUUGUUUGGGAAGUUGCACAGAGUGCUUGAGCCGCAUCUGGCCAUUUUUGCUGCUGGAAAGUCGAUAACAUCAUUGCGAUUUUGCAUAUGAUUACAGGGUGAAAUUCCGCAUCGCAAUGGAGAUUUACUCAUUUACUACGGAGUACUUGAUGUAGUGGCUUCUGAACCCUUCUCUCAGUUGAGAGACAGGAUAGCAAUAUAUCUCUUGAAACGUCUUUAUAUUCCGUAUGCCCUUACCGUAGGCAGAUUUUACCAAGACUGUCCCCGUGGUACUUCCUUCUGAUCCGGUACAAGAAUGCAGCGAGGGCUGGAGGAGAUAAAUGUGUCAUUAAAAGAAACACUAUGGGUUUUGAACACCUGUUUUUCGAACCCGUUGCCACAAGUGGCAUAGAAAUGACGAAAAUCCGGCAUUAUCCGAAGACUCAUUUUUGCAUGCAAGAAAUAGGAGAUUACGCGCUGGCCUCAAAAAUCAGAUAUGGCUGGUGAACCAAGUUGUACGUCGCUCCUGGCUACAAGGUGAUUAGAGUAUACAUUUGGAAAAGGAAAUCGUGGUUCAGCUCAUCAUUGCAAUUUGUAGCAAUGGUAACAGUGCAGUGAAAAGAAAUUCAGAUAUAGAAAUCGGGGGGUUAUUGAGACCGGAUUCAAGCGACACUGGGGUGGCAAGUGGAUGAAUGUUUUACUAGAGCCGCGUUGGCUGGCAUUCUAUUUGCUUAAUUGAAGCUUUUCUCUUGCAUUCCUCAUUCAGGGAUAGACAUCAAAAGUGGUUACCGCGCUUACCUUCCGCUGACUAAUCCAUCCAUAGCCGCGCGAAAAACUCCGACCUCCGAUUUUUUGAUGCCAGCGCCGGAUCUUGCUUGCUCGAUUCCUCUGGGCUGCGGUCGUUCACUUAUGAUUCUUCCUGACGUCGAAUAGCUGUCAUCUUUUUUUCUUUCCUCUAGAAUUAUUUCCUUCUGUUUCUGUAUUUCACAAUGUUUAGCCCGGCUUCGCGAUCUUUUCUUCGAAUAGCGCCCUCCGUCCCAAAACAUAUCCGACUCCCCCAAGCAAGACGAUUCAUAAGCACCGAGUCCACAUCCUCGUCGCGCAAGCCGUCAAGCUGGAAGGGCACAACGCUGAGAUGGGCCCUUGCCGCUGGCGUGGUUUAUUAUUAUAAUACGAGCACUGUAUUUGCGGAGGAACCUGGCUUUUCAUUCCAACCGCCUUCUUCUGCCUUUAAAGAAAAUGAAGAUGACGCCUCCCUACCAACCCUCGACUCCAUAACAUCGGCGAAGAGAGCGAAGGUCACACCGAAACCCUCCCCGGCGCCCUCGACGGCAGAUACCUGGUCCCCCUCUUCCUCUUCCACAGUAACAUCCGACCUUGCCGCUACUGCAGAUAUAGAGAUUCCGUCGUCAGAACCGGAGCCCAGGCUCUUAACGCCAGGGGAGCUUGAAGAGGAAGCCAGUAACGAAGGCGCCUUCAACCCCGAGACCGGAGAGAUCAAUUGGGAUUGCCCCUGUCUAGGUGGCAUGGCGCACGGUCCGUGCGGAGAGGAAUUUAGAGCUGCGUUCAGUUGCUUCGUGUAUUCAACGGAAGAGCCCAAGGGGAUGGAUUGCAUUGAAAAAUUCGAGGGCAUGCAAAACUGCUUCCGCCAGCAUCCCGAGAUCUACCCCACCGAAACAGAAGAGGAAGAAGUCGACGCCCAAUUAGCUGAAAUAACAGCAGAAUCCCCCCGCCCCGACACGACACAAGAGCGAGAAAACCCCUCCAAACCGUCAGAAAGCCCCGCAGAAAGCCCUGCGGCCGCAGCAUCUUCAAAAGAGGAGAAGCCCAAGGCAGAAUCGAAGCCGUCAACAAGCUCAUAGUUAAUUUCUUUUCGGCGGAUGACACGAUAAAACCGGUUGGCUGAGGGAUGAAGAAAAGAACACAUAGAAAAAAACUAGGGAGGCAUGAGCCAAAUUACCCGAGAGUGUACUCGUCUUAUCUUCCUCGGCACUCAGCAUUCAAGCAAGGGGUGUUUGCUGUGUUUCAUUUAAAAAAUUUAUGCCAUAAUAUAUAUACAACUAAGCACGGCCAGCCGAUGUUACGCUCCCGUAUUUCCUUUUUCCUAUACACUAGAUUCCUCCUCGUUUCCUUUCCAUUUUCUAUCUCAUUUUCUCCCACUUACUUUACCUUCUUGGAACACUCCAAUUGAUGUAUGUCUGUCUACAACUGUACUUGUACUUGAACUUGUGCGUAUUUAUACUUGCUACCAUCAUCCACCUAUCCGCUCUUCCAUACCUCAACCACCCAACAACUAAAUUCAUAAUCGAAGGAUAUUAUGCAUUUUUAAAAUGGUUCGUUCAUGGAAAUCCUCAGCAGCCCGGCAGAGCAAGUGAAAUAGAGCCUACAAGGCACUUGGAAAAAAGGUGGUUGCUUGCUUGACUAGAGGAGAUAAUAAUAACCAAUACUUAGCUUUUCCUCCGUUCUUUACAUUCCUCCCUCCCUUCGCUUAUCCAAUCCCAUUACUCCUUCCGUCUCCUCUCUACUCAUGCAAAGACCUUCAAUUCUGAGAGUAUGAAAGAUACACCCACCCACACCUCCCGAAACUUUUCCAAUUACUUCAUCCUGUAUCCGAAAAUCCAAAGGUUGCAAGGGAUAUGAAAAUAAAACGAGGGCCCAACAAACCUAAACUUGAGAAUAGCAAAAAUAAGAAGAGGGCAGGAAAAUAAACCGUUAAGAAGGGGGAAGCCAAUAAGUACUAGAUAAGAUAUAAACCAACAUCAAGGGAACCAAAAAACCCCUCAUCAUAAUUAAAAUAGAAAACAAAAAAUAAGAGCACAACAGCAAAACCUAAGGAACAAGUAUCCAAACUAGAACAAUCGAAUCCAAAGCAAAAAGCCAAAGCCAAAGCCAAACCAAGCCCAAUUCACUCCCCAGCUAAAAAAGAAAGAAAAGCACAGCGCGCGGAUAUAUGUAUAAGAGGGAACGAAGAGGAGAAAACCAGAACUACCGCAUGGCUAGAAAACCGGGGGGAGGAAGGGCAAAAGAAAGACAAGAAGGGAAAGGAAAAGAAAAAGAAACCCAGCUACAAAAAUAUCAAAAUCGUAACAUACCCAACGAAUGAGGGGUUUCAUGAAACAUAUAGAAGCAAAAAAAAGAAAAAAAUAGAUACCGGAGGAACAAGAAAAACAAGAAUGGAAGAAACCAGCCCAUCCCAACUCCUGAAUCACAGGUUCAAAAAAUCCAUGCUUCCAAAGAAAGCUCAGAAGUUCUCCCCUCUACUUCUCCGAAGGACGUUAUUCUUCUCCCUAAUUUUACCCCUUCGUUUAAACACUCCAACAAAACCUCCUUUUCCUCCGAGCUGUCCCUGACAGGAAACUUAAUCCAGCCAACAACCCCGAUCACGUAUCAUCCCCCGUCCAACGUCCAAACAAUAUCCAGAUCAGUUAGUAGUAAAAGAAAAUGGAAUAAAAUGAAAUAAAAAAACACACAAAGUUAAGAAUUUCACCUCCUCAGAAUCGCCUCAUACAAACUCCCCAACAUCCCAAUGGCGGACCCAGUCAACAAACCAGGUAGUCCACCAGGAACCGCACCGGGAACAGCCAUCACCGUCGUCCGACGGUACACGUUCCAAAAGGUGAAGAUGUUCGUGUACACCAGGUACGAAACCAACGCCUUGGAGACGUUAUAAACCAGUGGGUCCAGGUUAGCGGUUUCAGCAACCCUUGCAGCAACCGAGGUGGUGGUACGACGCGUGCCAUAAGCAUGGAUGCUGCUGCCGCCGCCUUGCUGAGAAAUCUUCAAGCUCAGGUUGAAGAAGUACGCGAGUAGGGACGGUAGGAAUAUACUCGUGGUAAGCCAGAGGGAGAAAGGGCCCCAGAAGGACGCGUCGAGCAGGAUGAAGAGGUCGGGGACCUUGAUGGCGUAGUUCGGGGUCCCGACAGAGGGUACGGCAGGGAACGUGGCUAGGUAGCGCAUAGGAACGAUGUCGGCGAGAAGACCGUACAGCUCGAUCGCAAGGGUGAUGGUCUCGAUGGCGCGGACGCUGCUGAGGCAAGAGCGUAGCGCGUCGGAGCGCUCGGUUAUGCCGGACGCGUCCCAGGCUUCAGACAUGGACUGGCGGGCUUUGGUGGUUUGGCGAUCGAUCGCGUCUGUGAUGACAGCGGGGGAUGGGGGGAGGGAAGAGAAGGGCAGUGAGCGACGCGCGGGGGUGCGAGACGCGGGGGUGGACUCUUUGCUAGCGCUGCUGUCGGAUUCAUCUCUAGAUUUUGUUGUUAAUACUUCUUUUUUAUCGUCGUGCGUUUUGCGCAAGAGGGAAUAAGAGAAAACGCGUGAUGGCAAGUGAGGAAAAAAGAGAGAGAGGAGGGAGAAUAAGAGGGAACGAACGUGGCUUCGACUUCCUGCUUUGGUUUUACUUGUCGCCUCGACCGGAUAGGUCUCCUGGUAUCAUCACUAGACAUUGCAGGCUCAGGCUUGGGUUCCCUCUUGACGGGAGAUGAGCGCGAUGUGUGCGACAGACGCUUGUAGUAGUCUGCCAGCCUCUGUUCGCCGGAAAGCAAGGCACGAUUCGCGGCGAGAUGUUCGUCGAGCGCAGCCUCGAGCUCGGUCUUCUUGUAGUCCUCAAAACUAGAUUGUCUGAUUAGAAAAUGUGCGCGACACGGUAUACCAUUGUUUUCAAAAAGCAUAUAUCGAACAAAAGAAACGGGACAUACUCCUGGAGAUUCGAGACUUCAGCGAGAACGACGAGGUCACUCUUGCGCAGACCGCGCAGGUAGGGUAAAGCAGGCGACAUGGCUGGGUGGGGAAGGGACAAUAUAAGGGUAGAAUGUGAGUCGCGUAGAGUAUGCGAUUGUAUUUAUUGAAGCGUGAAGAGCUGUAACUGGGUAUGCAAUGCAGGCGGUAAGGGGAGGAUGACGCGGGUGGAGGAUCAAGGGGGAUGGAUGAGAUACGUCGCGGGGAGUCGAGGUUGGACGGAUGAUGUUGUUUACUCGGCGCCACUAGCGUGUUUUCAUCACGGCUUCCUUUCCCCAAGCUUGAGCCACGCCGGGAAAGGGGACGGUGUCAACAAUGGCAUUAGCUUAUUGUUUGUUAUUUGAUUCAUUGUUAUAGUUAUGCUAUUAUAGGACUACUCGUAGAGUUAUAUGGAGCAUUCUUCCAUGUCUCUCAAUUAAUAAAAAGAAU